AUGGAGAAGAACAAUUUAGAAACCGAUGCUUUGCUUGUCUGUAAAAAAAUAGAGAUAGAGCACAAGUCCUUCUGUUUUGAAUUGAAAGAGAAUUCUGAAAUACAGUAUCUCCAAAUAUCACAAAAGGGUGGUUUCUCUAUUUUGCUUCCUCCAAGUGGCAUUUCAUGCUUCUUAGAAGCAUUGGAUUGCUGUAGCUCCAGUUCUUCUGAACACCAAGAAGAGGGUUUUGACAAAGGGAAAGAAUUCAAGAUCAAUGACAAGGUGUUUUGCUUCAAUGUUGAACAGAAUAAAUCUGGUCGUUUUUUGAAGGUCUCAGGGGCAUCAACUAGCACAAAUUGCAGGAACAUUAUCAUUCCUUGCGGAAAGAAUGAGAACAAGGGUUUGCAAUUGUUUAGGAGGACAUUAGAAGAGAUUGGUACAACUGCAAGAGUUCUUUUCCCUCCACUUCAGCGGCAACAAAUUUAUAUUCCUUCAGAACAAUCCAUAGAGCUUGCAGAUGCCAAAACUGACUUCAUAAUGAGCCACAAUGCUCAGAGUUCUUCAGCACCACAAUCAAAAGUGGAGCCUGCACGUUAUGAAAAUAAUGGCUGUUGUGAUUCAAAAAUGAUGAGAGUAGGCCAGAAGCACUUCUGCUUUGAUCUUGGAAACAAUAAGAGGGGGCAUUUCUUGAAGAUAUCCGAGGGGAGAGGUACACGCCAAUCUUCUGUGAUAAUCCCAUUGUCUCGGCUGAAGCAGUUCAAUGAAAUGGUGGGUCAUUUCCUUGAGAUAACCAAUGAUUCAUAUUCAAGAGAAGGUCAUUUGACUGGGAAGAAUAUCAAGAAAUGGAGUGGUCCCCAAAUCAGUGAAACUCGAGUGUUGAAUGCGGAGGAUGAGUGA